GUGUUUGUUAUGAUGCAGGAGAGAGAGGCAGUGAUGUCCAGAGGCAUUACUAGUGUGUGAGGCAGUGCUCACCUCACCACUCGCACAUCAUCUCAACACCUGUGACGUGAGGCUGGCCUCAUGUCAGUACCUCAAGUUUGAGACGAGGUGGACUACCAACCAGGCCAACGCCUCGAAAGACGUGGCUCCCCAUCCUUAAUAUGUAGAUGUGAAGACUAGAUAUAAAAUUUUUCCCGAAAAGCUGUGCAUCUUAUAGGCCUUAAGAUUACCGCAUGUUCUUAUGUCUAGUAAUUUUGAAAUAAAUACUUGAACGUGACCUGGCCAACCCCUGAGACUAGGCUGACCAGGAACCAGGUCAACACUUGUAACCUGAUGCUGAGUGGAGGGUUACCAGAGGUCAACGUGACAUCAACGUCAGGUUGAUCAAUGGUCAACACCUGAGCUGUGGGACUAGUAUUAUCCUGAGGUUAAAAUGUGAGGCGAGGAUGGUCAGAGGCCAAAACCUGACCUGUGAAAAGCAGAAAAAAGGUCUAAGUUUAAGACAAGGCUGGCAAAAGGCCAACACCUAAGCUGUAAAAUGCCAUGCCCAGGCAUUGCUACCAGGUGACAUUAUAAUGUUUUGGGCCCAUGACGGGGGGUUGCGCUUGCUGUACUUGGAUAGAGAAAGUGAUUAGAUGUGAAGAGAAUCAGGUUGGUGUCGCCAUGACUCCAGACAUCUACCAUGAAAAACAGAUUAAGGAGUUAUGUGCCCUUCACUCACUCAACAACCUCUUCCAAGAUGGUGGGGCUUUUGCUAAGAGUGAACUGGACAGCAUUUGUUAUGCACUGUCUCCAGACAAUUGGUUUAAUCCUCACAAAUCCCUGCUUGGCACUGGCAAUUAUGACAUAAAUGUAAUAAUGGCAGCUCUUGUUACAAAGGGCUGUGGUGUAAUUUGGUUUGAUAAGAGAAAAGAUCCUCAAGUUAUUGCACUGGAUAAAGUAGUUGGAUUCAUCCUGAAUGUACCAUCAGAGUAUCGUCUAGGACCUGUGCAAUUACCACUACGGCGUAAACACUGGAUUGCUAUUCGUAAUAUAAGAGGAAUAUACUACAACUUGGAUUCAAAGUUAGAAACGCCAGAAAUAAUUGGAAAGGAACAAGAGUUAACAAAUUAUCUUCGAGAAGAACUGCGAAACAAAGACAAGGAGUUAUUCGUGGUAGUGACACAGGAAGUUGAGCAGACACGGGGUUGGUGUCUCACCUACACCCAUAGCUCAAGUACAAAUAACACUAGUGCAAAGGAUCUAGGAGCAAACGGUAGUAUGAAUUCUUUAGUCAGUGGUGAAGAAACACAACUUAUGGAAGCUUUUAAUCCACCUGGAUUUUCUUACAUUGAUCAGGAGCCUCUGGGUACUGAUAACUGGCAUGAAGAAAUACUGAAGAAAAAUAGUCAAGAGAUGCUAUAAUACAAAAUACAUUCUCUUGAUUGUAACGCUGUUAUUACUGAAUGCUAAAUGGAGACCUAAUAUCCAUCCAGGACCAGGUUAUGGCUAGCCAUCUGUUACUGGAGGAGAGGAGCUUCUACCUCACUGCCAUAGAAUAGUCAAUUACAAAUGAAAAAUUAUAAAUUAUUUAUUAUAUAUAAUGUGACUGCAUUACAGUAUCUUGCUAGUGUUCAUGCUUAUUUUACACAUUGUUUACUUGAACUGUGUGUAUUCAUUCACAAAAUUAAUAUGUACAUUUAGAUAAUGGAAAGUUAGCCCAGAAAGGAAAACAUUUUUUUACAUAUACAGUAUAAAGAUAAAAAUAUGUAACACAAUCACACAAAAUGACAAAGAAAUCUUAUCAUUUGCAGCAAUAUACAUUUACCAUUUCUAUAACAGUGGCUUGUCAUGAAAAAAUUUCUAGGGUAUGUGUAUGACACUUUUAAGCUUUUUGAUAAAGCUGAAGUAUGAUUAUUAUUAUUAUUCUAACCGAGGGGAAAGCGCAAAACUCGUAGGAUUAUACAGCAGCUGAAGUAUGAAUAUUAAUAAAUAUUUUUCAUUGAUUCAUAAUUCAAUGGAAUUCAUCUUGAUUUCUGAGCAGAUGAUAGUAACUUUGCUGUAAGAGUCUGGCUUGUUCUAGAGAUUUUGCCAUAACUCCUUUUCAGCUUCACUUUUUUUUUUCUGAAUAUCUAGUCUGAGUGUAAAUUUGUUUCGAAGCAGAGAGUCUGUGAUCUGUGGGAACUAAUUCACAAAGGAUAGCUAUUUUGCUGUAUGCCUUUUUUCAAGUCAUUCAGCUUUAUAAAACUAAAAUUUUCUAUUAUAGCAUUAUCUUAAAAUUUUUGUGACAUGUAAACAAUUCUUUAAGUUGUGAUUUCACUUAUGGCAAAGAAAGUGUUAUAUUUACAAUUAAGUGCAGGCUCUGGAAUUUUGUUCUAUACCCACAUGAUGGAGAGUAUAAAAGCUUUAAGAAUCUUGAUGAAUCCAUAUUAUACAUAGUUAAGUAUAGUGUCAUAUUUCUGCAGUGUUUCUGGCAGCAGUCUGUUGGAGGUGUCAUAGUGAGGGAGGGACAACCGGAGGACAAUCUACUUUUGCUGCCUGAAACUCUGUUAUUAUUAUUAUUAUUAUUGUUGUUGUUAUUACAUUCAUAGGGGUCAUACAGUACCUGGGGAAAAUGGGAGGCAUUCAGGUUCAAUCCAAGGAAGAAGGCAAAUCCAGUGCCUUAGAUCAGGAGCCCUCAAGGAACCCAGAUUUCUAGCAAAGGAAAAUUUUUUUAUUAAAGACAACAAAUAUUAUUGAGAGAAUAAUCUAUCAGAAUUCUUUUCAUAGCCUAUUAGACUGAAUGGAAUUGUAGUUAUGUGGAUUUUGGAAAUAAUUAAAAAAUUUAAAUUUUCAUCUUACAUCUGUCAGUGGUAUAUUUUACGCAGCAAGUGGACAGUAAUACUGCAGUUAAAAAUCUGUUAAUGGGAUAAACAGUAUUUUAAGUAUCUAACAAGUUUUAGCAGGUUCAAAUUCACAUAAAAAUAAAUAACAAAACUGCAAAAUGUUAUAUUCAGUUUAAUAAUUUAAAACAGUGCAGUUAUGUUCAAUACUUUAGUAACAGUAUUUAUGAUAAAACUUGUUUAAAUUAUAGUUUUAGUCUAGAAAAGAAAGAUUUUACAUUUAAACAGAAAACAUGUCCCUACAAAAUCCUUUGAGUAGAAAUUUUAUUAUAUAUACAAUAAAGACAGAGAUUCAUAUUAUACCCAUAAAGAUAAGCAGAUUUUUAUAUUUGCAAACUAACUAAUGAUGUGAUUUGCAUUCCUAUAACUAUACAGUAUCUAUAGCAGUUGCUUUUACACUAAUGUUUAAGACUCGGCUUAUUUUUCAAAUUUUAAUAUGAGUAGAACAGAUCCCAUAUCAGUGGAGUACUAUUGUAGUGUAGCUUGUGAAGACUUGAGCUGGGCUACUAACAUGCUUCCCUCUCAUUUAUCUGUUGUAUCAACAGAUUAUUAUUAUAUUUAUGGGGAACCACUAAACCCACGCUUCUCGUACAUCGCUUGGAGAAUGGGAGGUAUUCAGGUUUGAUAUAUGGAAAGGGAGGAUAGCUCCAUUUCCUUGGAUCAAGAACCCCUUACCAGCACCGGCAUCCACCUUCAAGGGUGUAUAAACAGGUGGCUACUGUGAUAAUAUUUCUAGCCACCAAUGUAUUAAUCACACAAAUGUACAAGUGAUUAGCCUAUACAGAUAUCUGUUUGAAAAAUUACUACAAUAACUGCAUUACUUGUUAGAAUUUAUUCUUUUUUCAUAUCCACUUUUUGACUAUUAAAGACUUCUAAUAGGCCUUAUGUCAGAGUUUAGAAAACAGUAGUUUCUGUAAAUAUUUACAUAGUUUAUAAUUAUUAUAAGCAGUUAACAUUAAUGUAAUGAGCCGUGUUUACACAAAUGGGGGUUGAAAUCUCGACUCUCAAGAAAUCCAUUAGACUGAAAAUGCUUAUGUUUGUUUUGUCUUUACUACUUUUAUUAAUGAUAUAGUUUUUAUAAAUUAAGAUUAACUUGCUGUAAUGCAAAUUUCAUUCAUCACUCCCUUUCAUCUUAAAUAAGUACGUUAUUCCCGAAGUCUAGAUAAAGGCAGAAUUUGUUAAAAUUUUACAUUUUAAAUACGGUUUGGAUUUUGUGCUCAAGUCCAAAAGUCAACAACAGUGGUAGAAAUAUUACCUGAAAGUUUACACACAUUGUUUGUGGAAAUGAAAAUAAAUUUUCAACAAUUGUUUUCACUGUCAGACAAUGGAGGACUAAGCCUCCAUCAUUCUAAUGACCUACAUGGAAUAUUAGUAUAAUUUGGAUCUACUUAAAAAGUGACAGACCACCAAUUGGUGCUUCAGCGUAAUAUUUUAGGAAAAACUUAAUGGGAGAGAAUAAGGUUCUUUUCCAUAGCACAGAUAUGUUAACCAUUAUUCUAAAACUUUGGAUACACAAGAUAUGAACAUUUUGUGAUGGGAUAAUAACUGUAAAUAUGAAAUAUUAUUUAAAAUUAUAAUAAAAAUUAAA